GUCCAUUAGCGAAAAAGGAUAAUCGAGUUAUAUCCCUGAACGGUAGCGAAAACAUGUAAGCGUAAGUGUAACGACAACGUGCGACUUUAAUGAACAAAACAAAACGACUUAAUUCUAAUUAGAAUUCUGUGCAAAAACACACAAUCGAACAAACGUAAAUAAUCAAAAUGGCGGUAGUGAAAAUCAGUAGUCUGAAAUUAUCUGAAAUAAAAGAAUUACUUAGCGAAAGAGGUUUAAAAUCGGAAGGGCAUAAAAAUGAAUUAAUUUUGCGACUAAGUGAAGCGAUUGGUGCGGACGUGAUAGAAUUUACACAAACGAAUUUGCAAGAUCAAAUAAAUGAGUUGCGCGAAAUGUUUUCCUCGGUGCUGCAGCUGAUGCAGUUUAAUUCGAAUACGACACCGAGUGCUAACGUGAGUAACUUAAAUUCGUUUGCGGAACAAGCACGUUUAGAAUCACCUAGUACAGGGGCGUCUAAAAUUAAUUAUACUGUAAAAGAAAUUGCAGAAACGAUACCAGACUUCGAUCCAACAUCCGAAUCGUCAAUCACGGUUAAGCAGUUUGUAGAUAGAGUUAAUGGUGCUAUGAGUGCCUAUAAGUGGGAAGAAAAGUGUUUGUUGUUGGCUGUUUAUAGCCGACUUAAAGGCGCCGCGAAAAUUUGGCUCAAUUCGACAGACAAAUUGUAUUCCAGUUGGAACGAACUUUCAAAGAAGUUGUGCGAAAAGUUCAGCUGCAUACCAGAUGAAACUGACAUACACUACAAAAUGAGUCAGGCAGUGCGUAAGCCAAAUGAAAACUUAUUAGACUAUUGCUUUCGCGUGAGUGCAUUAGGGAAACGAUUUACAUUGAGUGAGUCUGCAAUUGUGAAAUAUGCUAGAGAUGGGUUAAAACGAACUACAAACGGCUAUGGCCACUACUCGUUUUAAAACAAUGCGUGAAUUUCGUCAAGCAAUAACGGAUUAUAGCAAAAACAUUCCAACGCGUUCGGGUAAAUAUGAGAAACACAUUGAGAGUUAGAAAAGCGUAAGUGUUAGCGAUAUAAAUAAACAAGU